GUCGCCGAUGAGCUGCCGCAUACGCCACGUUGUUGGACAUUGUCGGAUCGCUCACAUGAGGCCACUGGUUUGCGAACCACUUGAUACGAUGCGUUUCUUCACGCACAGGCUGAAUCGGAUUGUUGGACUUGAAAGCCUGCCAUUGUACAGCUGUUUCAACUUUCAAGGUGUCAUUUGGUGAGAAAUAGGUAAACGUCUGCCUGAGUUUGCAGGGACCAGCAGAGCCGGACAUUCGUAUCUGAUCUCCCUGCUCAUAGGGGUGCAUGUCAAGUAGCCUCUCUCUCUCUCUUUUUUUAAUUUACUGUUUUUCAAACUUUUUCCCUUAAACGUAGGCGGGCUUUUCAAUCCCUUGUAUGAACUUGGGUGGACCAGAUUAUAUUGUCCUAAGGUAAGGAGGAGGACACCACAAUCAGAAAAGAUUCAGAAUGUUUAUACUAACUUUAAUUGGAUACGUUACCCGGUCUUAGGGCAUACUCACACUAGGACUUUCUGGGAUGUGCAUAUAACGCCAUAAUAACGGUAUAAUUAUAAACCCUCUUCCGACCGGGCGUGGAUGCGCCUGACUGCAAUUACGGCAACAGAGAAGUGGGAAAAAGUCCUAGUGUGAGUAUGCCCUCAGAUGGGAGAGGCCGUGUCGUGCAAUCGCCCUGCACCACGCAAUUCAAUAUUGAUCGGCUGCUGACUGGAUCCCGAUUGGCUGCGUUUCGGUGCUGUGCGGAGCUGCAAUGGGCAAUCUUGUUAGAAUCUAUCGAUGAAGGGUGAAUAUCGAUGAAGGGUAACCUUCACCCCUGCUGCAGUCACACAUAUGCGAGACAGCUGGAAGAACUCACUCCUAUAAUGUUGGGGAUUGCAUUUGAGGGUCGCUGCAACCCUUGGUGGAGUGCUGUAAGUCAGAGAGGGAAACCGAUUUCGAGGCGAGGGAAGGGAGAACUUCACAACAGCCCUUUUCUGCAGUAUGUGGCUGUCGAUGAGCGGUUCCCCCGAGGAGCAGCUGUGGCUUCGUCGCAAGAAGAUGAAGAUUGUUUGAUUUAUCAGUUGGUUGAUUCGUUGAUUGAUUGAUUGGUUGAUUGGUUGAUUGGUUGAUUGGCUUGGUGAAUAGUUUCUGCCAUACAUAACCAUCUUGGGACCAUUAGAUGGAUAGAGCCUCUGUGUCGUUCUUGGGACUGUUCGAUAGAUAGGGCCUCUGUGUCAUUCUUCAAACUAUUGGAUAGAUAGAGCCUAUGUGUCAUUCUUGGGACCAUUCGAUAGAUAGCCCAGCCCAUAAGGGCCAUGCGGACGCCGUAGUGUCGUUCUUCAAACUAUUGGAUAGGUAGAGCCUCUUUGUCGUUCUUGGGACCAUUCGAUAGAUUGAGACUCUGUGUCGUUCUUGGGACCAUUAGAUGGAUAGAGCGUCUGUGUCGUUCUUGGGACCAUUCGAUAGAUAGAGCCGUAGUGUCGUUCUUCAAACUAUUGGAUAGGUAGAGCCUCUUUGUCGUUCUUGGGACCAUUCGAUAGAUUGAGCCUCUGUGUCGUUCUUGGGACCAUUGGAUAGAUAGAGAGCCUCUGUGUCGUUCUUGGGACCAUCGGAUAGGUAGAGCCUCUGUGUCUAUCGAAGUGUGACGCUUUUGGUUGACGCAAUCAGAGAGAGGCGAAGCAAACAGGCUAGUUAGUGUGUAGACACUGUAGAGACAAAACAAGUUGACUCUUUCAACAUGCUGUUUUGGCCCGUUCGGGUGUUGCAGGAAGCUGCAUGCACAAAUUGUUGUUUCACUUCAAAACUGUGAGUGGUAUUUACUACUUAGCUCUUUUCUUGUAGUCACCGUCUGCUUCCUCCAGUUACAAAUGUUUCCUCUCGUCUGCUUCCUCCAGCUACAAAUGUUUCUAGCUGGAGGAAGCAGACGGUGGGCCUGUGUGUACAGUGGUGUGGUCGGCAAUAAACUCUGCACGGUGAUUGUCCUUGCCAAUUUGGAGUUUGAUGGAGUUUGCCCGUCCGAGUUCGGAUACCAUUUUCGAUGUUCAGGCUUGUUGUAGGCGGGCGGUCAUGGCUGCUGGUUCUCCGGGCGGAGCUGUAGCGGUUGUGUGUUUCAUGCAGAUAUGAGUGUAUGGCUUUGAUGGAGUUCAGCGACAGUGACACUUAAUAAUGAGAGCAUCUUGGAUUCCGUUAGUUGCAGUGUGCUGCUUUGCCUUGUUAGUGUCAGCCUGGCGCUAUCUUCUAGUUAAGCGUGUGAUAUGUAUAUUCUAGAUAUGCCUUUUUAAUUUUUUCUGGAGACGGGGACCCAGGAGGAAAGAGACUCUUUACCGAGAGGGGUACAGCAGUGCUGUACCAGAGAAGGGUACAGACAUUCGGAGGGGCAAGGGGUGAUGAACAAGAAGGAAAAGGAGGGGAGAGGCAGGGGUGGAGGGCGAGAGGGAUGCUGGGACAGGAGGAACAAGGAAGUACAUGGAGAGAGGCAGGGGUGGAGAGGGAAAGGGGGUGGUACGCAGAGAGAACAGUGCUCUGCACUACGGAGUGAGAGAGAUUGAGAAAGGUAGCGAGAGGAAGCGUAAGUGUCUACACAGAGAAACAGGGAUACUCCGAGGUGUGUCUCUGAGAGAGAGAGAGAGAGAGAGAGAGAGAGAGAGAGAGAGGGUGAUUUUGGCCAUGUUAUUGUUGCCUUGCCAUCAGCUCUCUCUGAUGUCAUAAGCCAGAGGUGGGGGUGCAGCUCAUGAUUUCUUUUUGCCUCCAUCAACAAAAAUGCUCUGUAGCAUUUUGGUCCUUGCACGCCAGGCUUCACAUUUUUUCAUGUGCUUGUCAUCUGCAUCUGGUCAGGCGCUCUGUCUACAUCGAACAUUCGUGUCAUGGACUCUAGUUCUCCACCCGAAAUCCUGCAGAUUGCCAGUCGUAGACGUUCGGUACAGUCACAUUGCGAUCCCUCUCUGCCAUUGAAGGCGCAGUGUGGGGAUGUCGGUGGUGUUUGGUUCGGGGACCCUUUUUUUUUUUCUUUCUUUUUUGCUGAGUUUAUCACAUGUUGCGCUUCGUUUGUUCCUGUUUGCUUUUGCCCAAGGUCAAG